CAUGCUCUCAAAGAAACAGGCUCUCAGCGGCCUCCCUCACCUGCAGCCCUGUCACUUCGCAGACCAGCGUCCUCACCACUGCUCAGGCGCAUCCGGCACCCCAUGACCAGGUGAUCCUCCCCGCCCAGAGCAAUGGAGCAAAAUGCCUCGUCCCGUGUGGACUCGGAGUUUCGAUACACCCUCUUUCCGAUUGCUUACAGCGUCAUCUUUGUCCUGGGGGUGGUUGCCAAUGGCUACGUGCUGUGGGUCUUUGCCCGCCUGUACCCUUCCAAGAAACUAAACGAGAUAAAGAUCUUCAUGGUGAACCUCACCAUGGCGGACCUGCUCUUCCUGAUCACCCUCCCUCUGUGGAUUGUCUACUAUUACAACGAGGGCAACUGGAUUCUCCCCAAGUUCCUGUGCAACCUGGCCGGCUGCUUCUUCUUCAUCAACACCUACUGCAGCGUGGCCUUCCUGGGCGUCAUCACUUACAACCGUUACCAGGCGGUGGCCCAUCCCAUCAAGACUGCUCAGGCCACUACCCGCAAGCGCGGCAUCUCUCUGUCCCUGGUCAUCUGGAUCUCCAUCACGGCUACCGCCUCCUACUUCCUGGCCACAGACUCCACCAACCUAGUGCCCAAAAAGGACGGCUCGGACAACAUCACCCGCUGCUUUGAGCAUUACGAGCCACGCAGUGUGCCCAUCCUUGUGGUCCACGUCUUCAUCGCCUUCUGUUUCUUCCUCGUCUUCUUCCUUAUCCUCUACUGCAACCUGGUCAUCAUCCACACGCUGCUCACGAGGCCCGUGCGGCAGCAGCGCAAAGCGGAGGUGAAGCGCCGGGCGCUGUGGAUGGUCUGCACCGUCCUGGCGGUCUUUGUCAUCUGCUUCGUGCCCCACCAUAUGGUCCAGCUGCCCUGGACCCUGGCAGAGUUGGGCUACCAGACCAACUUCCACCAGGCCAUUAACGAUGCCCACCAGAUCACGCUGUGCCUCCUCAGCACCAACUGCGUCUUAGAUCCUGUCAUCUACUGUUUUCUUACCAAGAAGUUCCGAAAGUACCUCAGCGAAAAGCUUUACAGCAUUCGCAGUAGCCGGAAGUGCUCCAGGGCCACUACUGACACUACCGAGGUGAUGGUGCCGGCCAACCAGACCCCUGUCCUGUCCCUGAAAAAUUAAGCUCUGCUUGUUCAAGUCAGACUCAGGGUCUUCUCUUCCAUGGGCCUCAGAGACUGAGCUGGGAGGUGAGCGGUCUCUGCCUGUGGCUAACCCCUCCUUGGCCCCCGGGGGACAGCAGUGGCAGGCUGCUGGAAAAUACAGACCCUGAAUGCUCCUUUUCACCCAUCUUUGGGUUAACACUAGUCCAGAGCUUCAGAAUCUGACGUCCCUGCGAGGGUCAGGCCUUGGCAGGUAGACUGGGAGCUGCCCAGCUCAUCCAGCUGCGGUAGCAACCCUCAAGUUUGGGUACAACAUCUUUGUGACCUUCCUGGAGGAAGCGGUUUGGUGGAACUAUCUAAUCUCAGAAUCCAACCAGAGGAGAUAAACACAGAAGCUGACCAGAAGCUAGGACGGGAGCCUGUUUGCUGAGGCAGCCGAGUGAGUGCUGAGUGGAAGAGAGAGGCUGCACUUCCCACGUCCAGCAGGCAGCAGCUUCUUCUGAGGACGCCUCUGGACACCUGCUGGCGAUUUUUGGCAAUCCAUCGUGGCAAGGAAAGGCCGGGCAGGGCCGGGCAGCUCAGAUUGUGGCGGCAGGAGCGCACAGAGGUUAUUCACGCGGCCCAGAGCCAAGAAGCAAGACUGCACAUUAACCAGGGGAUGAGGUUACAACCGUCGGAGGCUAGCCCCCAGCCACCUUCCUCUACAGCCAGGUCCUACCUCCUAAAGGCUCCACCGUCUCCCACAUGAACACCCCUCGCAGGGGUGAACAUGGAGAGAAUGGUUCCGGCCAGGGAGAUGGCCCAUCCGGUAGAGGCACUUGCCGCCAACACUGCCAAUCAGAGUUUGAUCCCAGAACCCACGUGGUGGAAAGAGAACAGACGACUUCUGCAAGUUGUCCUUUGACCUCUUCUUGGACACUGUGGCACACGCCACACAGUGCCCCGCCUCCCGUCUACAUGUAAAGAAAUUAAUAUAACAAAGCAAAAUGAAGGCGGCUCUAGGGAGUUUACAUGCAAUGGUGUAUUCUGAAUACAACAAUACACUAUUACAUUUAAGGGAGAGCAGCUCUUGCCCUGUGAGAGCUAUUUAGAAACCUCAGACUCAGAACUCUGAGGAGCUCUUCCUGGUUUUGAAAGGGUUAGACUAACUUUGUAACCUGUAUGUCUUCUAAAGCCUAUAGUUUUGAGUUUUAGGUUCAGGUUAAGCUAAAGCCUCUUAGUACCUUUCCAGAGAAUGGAAAAAUAUGACCCUAUCUAUGAGGACAGAUAGAAAAAAAGGCAAGCAAGCAAUGACCUUCAACAAAAAGAAAAACUCCUGUCUUUGAGGUAGCAUUUCUUAGCAACGAACCCAGACUUCUUCUGAGUAGCUUUUGACCUGCAGCCAAAAGUCCAAAGCCCCUAAUCUUCAAGGAUGAGCUAACCACCCCACCUUCAAUUGCAGCUGCAUCCACACUUGGCAGGACUGGCCAAGCUUGAGCACCUAAGACUAACCAAUUAUCUUACUUUAUAGCUUCCUCAUCCAAUCCUAAAUUGCCAAGACUGCAACUUCAAAUCUCCCGCAAUUUUUCUUUUAAAAACCUAAAGGCCUUUGUCUCCCGGUGCCACUCUUUGCUGACCAGCAGGGGUGACCCCAUUGCGCAAUGGUUAAUAAACCUCUUGCUUUUGCAACAAGUCGUGGUCUGGGGGAGUUUCUGGGAAGGGCGCGAUCUUGAACUCCUGAGCUGUGAGACCCCAGGUCUUACAUUUUCCUGAGCCUUGUGCUCAGGAAAAAAAAAAUGUUUGUGCCAGGCAGUGAUGGCAUAUGCCUUUAAUCCCAGCACUCAGGAGGCAGAGGUAGGCGGAUCUCUGUGAGUUUGAGGCCAGCCUGGUCUACAAAGUGAGUCCAGGACAGUCAAGACUACACAGAGAAACCCUGUCUUGAAAAACAAGACAAAACAAAUAAUGUCCUUCCUUCUAGCUAGUGUUCCCUUGAAGUUGGGUCAGUUGAUUUUUGUCUGCAUGGGCUUGUUUCAAUAGGCUAGUAACCCUCUUGGGUUUGAGGGAUGGCGGUGGGCUGCCUAGCUGAAGGGGACUGUAGCUAAAACAACGUACUUGAACUUUGACAUCUUACAGAUUCAGGUUCAAGUCUUGCCUGUGCUAGAUGCUGCCCAGGACGUAGAAAUUUAAUAGUCUACCUCUUAGUGUCCUUAGCUGGGUGGCACAACCUACCUCACAGGGCUGUUAGGAGCCGUGCAUGCUCACCUGAGUCUUGUUUACUCAUCCCUGAGCCUCCCUUUCCUGAGAAUUUGGUGCCCUUGAUCCCGAAGGGGUAAGAGUUGGGCUGCUGUCCGGGGCUUUGCAGGCCACUCACUGAAGUCAUUUAAGCUCUGGAGCUGUGACCGUGUCUGUAUGUAAAGUGGGUUGGAUGGCCACCGAGAUGACUGGCAGACAAAAGACUUUCAAAGGAAAAGCAGAGGACAAGGAGAAACCGGAACUUGGAGAAAAGAUGCGCUCCCGGGGGUCAGAGGGCACCCCUGCGUGCUUUCUCUUGAGCCCUGGGAGGUUCUCUCUUAGGCUCAUUCAAAUGGGUGUCUAGUACUUUCAAUCAAAUGCUAAUACAGUAUAUUCUACAUCUCGUUCAUGUUUGCAUAUCUCCCGUGUCACUGCAAUACCCAUGU